CUUGCCUUCAAUGCAUUCAACAGACGUCCAGAAGCACCAUACGAGUGCUACAUUCAACGGUGCUAACAGGUUGGAUAAUGGAGAGGGACUGUUACGAGUGUUACAUCAAACGGUGCUGGGAGGUUGGAUGAUGGAGAGCACUGUACAAGUGCCACACCCAGUAUCUCCUCUUAUAGAUUUUGGAGGGAAAUGCAGUUGCGCCACUGUAUUUGUGUGUAUAAACAAGAUUCUCUCUCCUCAUUUCACUUUGAAAAUCUGUCUGCAACUCUAGUCCGAUUUCAGAAACAAUCGGAAAAUUAGGGCAAAACCGGUGAUCGUCACUAUUUCUUCAACUUGAGCUUUGUCAGAUCCCUACGAUCUCUUGAUUGCUAUGUAUGUCUGAAGCUUGUGCGUGCACAGAUAUAUAACCUAUCUCAAAAACUUCAGAUUUCCUUCGGUGUUGGUCCUGCUUGACCUGAUAAAUGGACGCUAAGUAUCAGCUGAUUGAGAAGAUUGGAGAAGGCAGUUUUGGUGUGGUUUACAAGUGCCGUGAACGUGCAACCAAUAAAACUGUAGCUCUGAAGAGGAUUAUCUUUAUGGAUCAAGAUGAAGGUGUCCCCAGUUAUGUAAUAAGAGAAAUCUCACUUUUGCAGGAACUGAAUCAUGGCAAUAUAAUCAGGUUACUUGAGGUAAUAAUAAACAAUUGGGCAAGCGUGGAUCUCAUUUUUGAGUGUCUGGACCUUGAUCUAUCAAACUUCAUUGCAUCUUAUCCUGAGGUUGCAAAGGAACGACAAAAAAUAAAGGGUUUUCUCUCUCAGAUUCUCUGUGGUGUUGCUUAUUGUCAUUCUCAUAAAAUACUCCACCGGGAUUUGAAACCUGAGAAUUUGCUGAUAGAUGGCAACAACAACAUAGUGAAGAUUGCUGACUUUGGAUUGGCCAGGGCAUUUGGUGUUCCUCUUAGGAACUACACUGGCAAGGGUGGAACUUUAGCAUACAAGGCACCCGAACUCCUGCUUGGUGCCAAUUACUCCACUCCGGUUGAUAUGUGGUCUGUGGGGUGUAUAUUUGCUGAGAUGGUGACCGGUCAGCCUCUGUUCCAAGCACAUACUGAAUUUAAUGUAUUGAUGGAAAUAUUCAGGAUGUUUGGUGUGCCAACUGAAGCAACCUGGCCUGGAGUGACUUCAUUAUGUGUCCACUUUACUAAAAUGAUCGCGUUCCGCACUGUUGUCAAACGAAACCUUGCAGCCGAGGCCGCUGGAGUUGGAGCUGUUGGAUUGGAUCUUCUUUCUAAAAUGCUGAUCUUGGAUCCAAGUAGAAGGAUUACUGCUUCUGAUGCACUUCAGCAUGCAUACUUCCGUAUUUGAGCUCUGACGGUUGGAUAGUUCGUUCAUCCAUGUACUCUCUGCAUCUAUGGAACUUGAUUCUUCUAUUCCCCUCCACUAACAAAACUGUGUACAUAACUUGCACCCGUUACUGUUCUACUGAAACUGUUACGAUAACAAGGUCUUGAAUCUCACCAAAAACUACGUGAAUAUCAUUUCUCCUUGUUUGGUUGUGUGGAAAUAUUACGACACCAGAGGUGGAGGGUAUUGUUUCUAAUGCUUGGAUUCGGCCUUUAGAUCUUUUUUUUUGCCACAAAUUUACCGAGCCGUAGACCGUAGUCAUCUUCAAUGUGCUUUGUAGUGGUGACAAAGCCAGUCUCUCCCUGAUAUUUGCCCCUCUGGAUCUGUUUGUUAUUAUUCCCAGGUAAAUGGACAUAAAUGGGGGGUCUCAUGAAUGAGAGACUACUGCUACUUUGUGCUUUCAUCUACUUGUCUUGCUUUUAUCUUUUUCCUUUACCAAUGAUGGUGUUAAUCAGAGUUAGAGAAUCUUGUAAGCAGCUUAAUGAGGCUAAUUGCGAAAACAGGAUUGUAAUUGCGAAAACAGGAUUGUUAUGUUUGGGUGCACCAAAUCAAGGUGGGAAUUCGGUGCCGCCAUACACAGUAAUAUGAGAAUUUGUCCAUUUAUCCGUCUAAAAACUAAA